AUGUAUUCAAAAAUAGAACUCAAAAAACAAAUUUUAAACAAAUUCAAAGAUUUCAUGACUGGGUUUACAAAGAUUGAUGAGUUGGGAACUGCUGGAAGCAAGCUUUUGUCUGGUUUUCAACAAGCAUUGGAGUUUAUUCGGAAGCCUCCUAUAGAUGCAAGUUCUAAAUUAGUCAACAGUAUCAUUAAAGCUAAUGAAACUGAAAGACUCAAGUCCUAUGUCAACUUCGAAUUGAAGGUAGUACUGGAUGAACUUGAAGAUAUACAGUCUAACGUAAGAAAUAUUCUGCAAAGUAUACAUGGAAAAUUAUCAUCCCUUUCAGAUACGGAUAUUGAUUUUGAAAUGAACAAGCAAGAGAUCUAUAAUGAUUUGAUUUGUGCAUCAUUUACACGCUAUUUGAUAAUAACGGAAAUUAUGGAAUUCUGGCUCACUAGAUUAGCAAUUGCUUCUUACUCAGGACGACCUUUCUGUCAUUCUAGAAGUACUGAUGUUACAACUACAAAAGUUAAGAAAAAUACUGAUUCCACACAUUUAGCUGCUCUAAUGGUUGCCAUAUACGGUAUGGUCCAGCAAGACUACUUGAUGCAGGAAAGGAUCGUUUCUGCGUUAGAUCUGAACGUGUCAUCGGAAGAACUGGAAAGCUACUGCCUAAUGUGGUCUUUGCGUCCCUUCAUAAACGAUGAACUUGUGCAUGAAGCUUGGAAAUAUAUUCACUGAAGUUUAUUGUAUAGAAUCAGUUACCAUAAGGCUAGAUAAAGUUUUUGCACUAUUUAUUAAGA